GAUGUCAGCAAUCUUUAUUUCAAACGAUUUUGUAUUAUUACAGUUUUAAAUUUAAUUACUUCAUUUUAAAUAUAGAAAAAAGUUUAAUAUUUGUUUUUUCAAGCUUAGAGAAAUAUAUUAUCUUGCUGCCAGAAGAAUUUCCUUAUUUAUGAUGAAAUUACUCUGAAUUAUCUAUGUUCAUAACGUAACGAUAUUUUCAUUUGGAUAGGCAAAAACGUAUUGAGGUAGUAUUUAAGUGUGCAUAAGUCAUUAGCAACUCCACUCCAGCAACACUUACAAAUAUGAAUGGUUUCUCCGACGAAGAAUUUGACAGCGAAUAUUUGGUGAAUCUCCCAGAAGACAAAGUUUUGCACAAGCUAGGAAUAAAACAAUUCUUUAAUGGGACGAGAGCAUCAAUUAUGAAUGGAACUGACUUCUUACAAUGCAGAGCAAACGACAUCAAACAGCUUGAUUCUAAUAUCAAAAGAAGUGGAGAUUCAGUGAUAGUAACAAAACAGAAGAGACUUUACUUGAUUGGUAUAAAUAGACCUGAGAAACGAAAUGCCAUUAACGAUGAGACAGCUGCAUUAUUAAAUGAUGCUUUUGACAAAUUUGAAAAUGAUGAUGAAGCAUAUGCAGCUGUGUUGUUUGGGAAAGGUGGCAAUUUUUGUUCUGGUUAUGACUUGUCGCACGUUGCAAAAGGCAAUUUUUAUGGUAUAACUAGCAAUCAAGGGCCAAUUGGUCCUUUAAGACGACUAUUAAAAAAGCCUGUUGUUGCUUCCAUCAGUGGAUAUGCUGUUGCUGGAGGGUUUGAAAUGGCUCUCUGGUGUGACUUACGAGUUGUUGAAGAAACAGCUGUGAUGGGAUUUUUUAACAGGAGGUUUGGACUCCCUCUUCUUAAUGGUUCUACAGCAAGACUUCCACAACUGAUUGGUUUAUCACGUGCUCUGGAUUUGAUACUUACUGGUCGUCCUGUACAUGCCAAAGAAGCCUUAGAAAUGGGUAUAGCUUCAAGAAUCACUGCCUGUGGAACAGGACUUGGAAAUGCUAUAAAUCUGGCUAAUAGUCUUUGCAAAUUUCCUCAAGAAUCCUUGCGGACUGACAGAUUGUCAGCCUAUAGAUCUACAUAUGAUAUGCAUUCCCUUGAUGAAGCCCUUAAGUUAGAAUUUGAAAAUGCUUGCAAAAUAAUAACUUCUGAAUCCAUUAAAGGUGCUGCAUCUUUCAUGCAAGGAGUAGGUAGGCAUGGAAAAUUUCACUUAGACAAUCAAGAAGAAACUGAUAGUAAAUUGUAAAUUAGUAUAUUGUUCCUAUUGAAAUUAAUAUUAUAAUUGAUUUCUAAUUUAUAUUGUUGGAAGAAUAUUAAAGAUACCCAUUUUUAUUAUGAAAAUUUUUAAAUUUGUGAUAUGAUAAUUUGUAAAUGAGAUUACUUUAUAUAAAUAAUAAAUUGUUUCUGAGCUAUAA